UAUUGACUACAAGGCUAAGAGAACGCUCAAAUCAGGACGGGAAUGAAGAACAGAAAUGGUAGCGGUCUGGACAGUCGGCUCAAACACAGAGUGGAGCAGUACAUGACGACCUGCACCAGUGAAUAUGUGGACCUUUCAGCCAUGGCCCUGGCACUCCAAAAACUGUACAGAAUGGAGUAUGGCAGGAGAAACAAGAACGCUUUCAGGAUUCAAGUAGAGAAAGUGUAUGACGCCGUCAUGAAGGACUCCGGGCUGAAUGAUCAGGAGAGCCAACACUUGGCUAAGAGAGCCAAGCACAGCCACAAUGACACUGGUGAUGACGGCAGCAGCUUGGAGUCCUCAGACAGUGAUGACCACGUAUUGGAGAACCCUCCCACCAACCACAUGAACAGCUCUCUUACGUCUCUGUACCGGAAGGGACUCCCUGACUCCAGCAGCAGCUCACCUCGGAGAGAUCCGCCUGCUGCCGGCUCUCCAGCCGACCUGCCUCCCAGUUCAGGGACGCUGGUUUCCACGGGAGGCUGGUUCAUUGAUCGAGGCAGAGGGCCAGAGAAGAGCAACAUCCUCAUCGACCUGUGUGAAGAGGAGCCAACUCAUUUAGCUUCAAAUCAGGCCGAUGUCUCCAUGCUGGAGCCGGAGAAAUCUCGAAAAACAAAAUCAAAGUCCCUCGAGCUGCAGUAUCCCACUCUGAAGUUUGAAGAUGUCGGAGGUAAUGAAGAGACGUUAACGGAGGUGUGUAAGCUGCUGAUCCACAUGCGUCACCCAGAGGUGUACCAGCAGCUGGGAAUGGUUCCUCCGAGGGGCUUCCUCCUUCAUGGACCUGGCUGUGGAAAGACCCUGCUGUCACUGGCAAACUGUUUGUUGGCCACGCCCUCUGCAGCGGCCGUGAUGUCACUGGCUAACAGUGACGUUGGCCAGUUUGUUGGCCACGCCCUCUGCAGCGGCCGUGAUGUCACUGGCUAA